UUGCCAUUAAAUGUCUGCGUGUCGUGACAAUGGUCGCCUUCAGAGGAUUUUACCGCAGUGUUUCACGCCUUGCAAAAGCGGCAGCGGAAAGUCAUCUGAGACAAUAUGACAAGUGGCGAAGUAUCUGUGUGUUUUUAGCAGAUGAGAAGAGCCAGGCGGUUUCUGACGGAGAGUUGAACAUGUCGACGCGUGGCUCUGGAGGAAGCAGCUCCAGCCUCCCCGGGACACCGGGCGGAGAGGCAGGGUCCGCUAACAGGGUGCUGAGCUGGGCCGUCUCCUUUGAAAAGCUUCUGGAGGAUCCGUGCGGAGUGAAUUAUUUUACUACUUUUUUGAGGUCGGAGGUCAGUGCUGAAAACAUUUUGUUCUGGCAAGCUUGUGAAAAGUUCAAGAAGAUUCCAGCAACAUCGACGGAUGAGCUGAGGGCAGCAGCUCAGUCCAUUUAUGAUACUUACCUGUCUGAGAACGCUUCCUACGCAGUCAACAUUGAUGACACGGCCAAGACGGAGGAGAAAGACCUGCGGCAGCCCACCACUGAUAUGUUUAAUAAAGCUCAGGACCAGAUAUUUAAGCUGAUGAAGAUGGACAGCUACAGGCGGUUCGUGCGCUCGCCUCUUUAUCAGAGAUGUACCUUGGCCAGUGUGGAGGGGAAACUUCUACCUCAAUUAUCCAUUGAACCGGUCCACAAGGGCUCGUGGGAGGAGGUGACGCACACUACCCCCAAUAUCAGGAAGUCAGAUUCCAACAGUUUGACAGGCGGCAAGACAGAGAAACAUCGACCAAAGAGAGGAUCAUGGGGAGCGGACACGCUGACACCCUUCAUCUCACUAUCUCGGAAAGAUUCCGACUUGUCAGUCAAGUCUGCUGGCAGUAUGGAAUUUGGCUCCCUCCACAGGAACGUUGAAAGCAGCCCGUCGGGUCAGUGGUCGCCAGAACAGGGUGGGAGGCGGUUGGGGUUGGAUGGAGGCUACUGUUGCGUCUACCUUCCUGACGGCAGUGCGUCUCUGGCUCCCACACCGAAUGGCCUCACUAUUAAAGAGAUGCUGUCUGGCUUGUGUGAGAAGAGAGGCUUUCCUUUAAAGGACGUGAUCAUUUAUCUGCAUGGUAAAGAGAAGCAACCCUUGUCCUUGGACCAGGACUGCAAUGUGCUGAGAGACCAGCAGGUUUCUCUGGAGCUCAGGGUUACAUUUGCGUUGGAGAUAGCAUUCACUGGUAAGACUGGUGGCAUCAUGGUGAAGUCCAGUAAGACCCUGCAGGACGCUUUGUCUUCUGUACUGCAGAAACACCAUCUGAAACCACAGGAUGCCAUCGUCACCAUGGUGGGGAAUGAUGAGCUGGUGAAUAUGAACAGCACCGUCUUCAGACUGGCCAACAAGAAGCUUCGGCUGGACAGAGCAAAAGCUGGAAAAGAGCAAAACAGCAUGACAAGUGCAAAUGGAAGCGCUUCAGUCGCACAGGCAGGUGCUGGGAGCACAGGUGCCGAGGCCCAAGCAUCAUCGCAGAACAGAAGCAGGACUCAGCCAAAGCCCAGUAAGAACCCCGACAUGGAUGGGCUGCUGGAGAUGCUGACGAGGGCUCAGUGCUCCCGCGUGGAUGACCAGCGAGGUCUGCUCACCAAGGAACAGCUGGAGGUCCCGGAGUUCCUGCAGUUGCCUCCAAAACAGGCGCAGGACUCUGUCAACGAUUCCUCUGCAACGCCCAGCGGAGAGCAAACGUCAGAUUCCACGUCACUAGAAACCAAAGAAAAAGAAUUAAAAGAAACGUCGGUGGUGCGUCGGCACGGCGAUGAAUGACCAGCGAGGGGAGUGUUUUCACAGACAUCACAGCAGCGGCGACGGCAGCAGCAGCAGCAGCAGGGAGAUGAGGGGAGCAGUCUACUCCACUGCACGUCUGCACUGAAGAGACAGAAGCAGGAGCAGGAGUUCAGCCUCCCGACCAGAGAUUCGUCGCCACAUUCCGGAAUAAUCAGCUAAGCCAUGGAGCAGAAGAGCAGUCAGUCUGCCUCCAGCACCUCCCCGCAGAAGCAGAUGAAGAGCCGCUCCAAGUCCACGGAGGAGAUGCAGCACUCCAGGAAGGCCUUCUCUUCUCAGAAGUCCCUCCCGGGACGGCCGGAGCUGGACAAAGUCAAGGAGUGUUUCGAGGGCUCGGACACGCCGCUGGCCUCCACUGAGGAGUUAAAGUAAAAUCCCCCGUGGGAACAGUCAUGACGUACACACUCUGUAUCGUGAAAACCUUUCAACAUCCGCCGGCACAAUCAAACGUGUAUCGACAAUGUGAUCGUAGGGAGUUUUUCCACCAUGUUGUUUUAACACUAGACAAAAGACAAAUCUUGUUUCUGCUGUCAGUUGGUAGUGAUUAAAUAGUAGAGAAUAAAAUUGAAAACAAGAAACUUCCUGAGUACUUUUGGGGCGGGGGGGUUGCUAUUCACUUCAUCAUGGAGACACAUCAAAACCAGGCAAUACAGAUGUAAAGUCUCAUGUCAAACCUUCAUAAGUGACAGGGAAGUACAAAUAAACUACUUAAAACGUUUUUAAAAUAGUAUAAGAAUAUCACAUCAGGGACCACAUGCAGGAAAAUGGUGAUAUUAGUAUGCGAAACAGCCAUAUUUAUUGCAGAAUAUAAUGAAAUUAAAGCAGAAAAACAUGAACUUAACAGUAAAUAAACAGAAUCUAAUAUGUUUCUGCAUAGUUUAUUGAGUAAAAAAUAUGACAAUGUGGACCCGACGGGGGCUGCCGAAGGGCUGCGCGUGGCCCCCUGGCCAGGUAAGUCUAUUACUAUCACCUGUAAUGAGAUCCAUUUUUAUAACUAAAAAAUGUUUUAGGAAGUGAUCUCCUUCCUGAGGCGACCGUCAUUCACCCGUUGUCAAAGGCACACAGCAGAGGAUCCCUGAAUCCUAAUGGCAUGAUCCCCCUGAAGUAUUUGGGUUGUUCAGCCUGGAACAAACUCAAAACAACUGACCAACGACAAAAACAAAACACUGCAAAAUGUCUUGAAAUGAAUUUUGGACUGGUGCGACCUUGGCAAACUGCAACCAAGGUCAGGUUUAUUUGCAUUCACAAACACAGCACCUGUUUGAACCU